AUGUCAUUUGACCGUGAAAAAGAAACAGGUGAAGAAAAAGAGCCAGAAAUCCAGUACAGCUUGGGUUCUCUGGCUAAUUACGGGGCAUUACCUGCGGGAUCUUUCCGCAGCGUAACACCACAGUAUCAACAUCAGCAAUAUCAACUUCAGCCUCAGCAAUAUCAGUAUCAGCAUCAACCAGAACAGCAAGCUUUUGCUCCGACAUAUACAACAUUCAAACCACCUUCGAGUUUGGGUGGGGAUGCGGUCUCGUCAAGAGCUGAAGAUUCGUCGAUAGUUAAGCCUCCAUCAAACGAACAGUUUUCGUGGAAUGUCAUAAAGCAGCAACAGGCGCAACAAAAAGAGCCGUUACUGCAGCAACUGCAUCAAAACUUACCGUCAUCUCAUCCUCAGCUGCUUGGUCUUGGAGCCGAACAGCCUUAUCAACAACCAAGCAUCAAUGAUCUUACAUACUACGCAUAUAAUCCGUCCGUUGGUGGAUUACCAUUCCACCAACAACCCAUGAGUCAGAGUACAAAUCAAAUUGAACUACAGCAGCAGCAACAGCUGCCACCACUGCAACUUCCACAGCAUAUGUACAGGGGACCUUUGCCACUGCAGGGACAUGCUACGCAUCAGCAACCCAUUCAUCUGCGACAGGUAUCGCAUUUACUGGAAUCUCAUCCUUCUGCUACUCCCCAAUAUCAACAAAUGAUUCAUACGCAACUCUCUCAGUCGUUGUUGUCACAUAAUGCCCCCGUACAGCGUCCCCCGGUGAUGUCUCAGAUUUCAUCCAGUCAAUAUCCAAUUCCACCAUCAUACGUCCCAAUGUAUCCCCAUCCAUCCCCCCCUGCAACUCUGCAUCAGCCUGUGCCAUCGGUUGAUCAGCGUAGUCAGGAUCCGUUCAAUUAUUUGAAUUCGGGUAUGACAACAGCGCUUCCUUACGGUGGUACGGAUACCAAUGUAUCUCAGCAGGGAGACUUUGUGGCUGGUUCAAGUAUGUCGGGUUUAUCGAAAUCUGCUCCUUCUUCGUCGUACAUAGAUCCACUUCAACAGCAAACAAGAACUCGGACAAGGCGACGUACGGCUACUGUAUUAGAUAUGACUCCCGAAACGGCCCAACGAAAUAGAUGUAGAAUUUGCAACAAGCAAUUUCGACGACCUUCGUCUUUGAAGACUCAUUAUUAUACUCAUACCGGGGAAAAAAUUUUCAAAUGCCCUUGGAAAGAUUGUGGUAAGCUAUUUUCAGUCAAAUCGAAUAUGACGAGGCAUUAUAGAUUACACGAAAGGGAUCAGAAAAUACACCCAGAGCAAGAAGGAGUAGACCAACAGAAAAGAUCAUAG